AUGACCGUCGGAGGUGCAGUAAACGCCACAGGCGACGCCGGAUACGUUCAUCUUAUCGACCCGAAGCGGAAAUGGUACAACAAUCGACACCUCAUCACCUCGUCAAAUAACGGGUAUGACGGAAGCAUGAUGAAUGGUCUUCAAACUCUCCCUCAGUGGAGGGAUUACUUCCACACCCCAUCGGGAAGCAUGCUUGGCCUCUUGAAUGCAAUGCAGAAUAUAGGCUCCCUUGCAGCAUACCCAUUUUCACCGUAUUUAGCUGACGGUCUCGGCCGUAAAAGGACGGUCUUUAUUGGCGCCGUGAUUAUGUGCAUUGCUACUGUAAUCCAGACAGCAUCUCAGUCAGUUGGAAUGUUCAUCGGUGCACGUUUCCUGAUCGGUUUUGGGCUUGCAUUCGGUGCUUGUGCUGCGCCAAUGCUGAUCGCAGAAAUUGCCUACCCAGUGUACCGUGGCCCUCUAACAUCGACUUAUAAUUCUCUAUGGUAUUCUGGAGCCAUUGUUGCCGCGUGGAGCACCUUUGGUACAUUCAAGAUCAAGAACACCUGGUCAUGGCGUAUCCCCUCGGCCCUUCAGGCCAUCCCCGCCGUACUUCAGGUAUUCCUCGUCCUCUUUGGACCUGAAUCGCCGCGUUGGUUGAUUAGCAAAGGGAAAGACGAACUUGCAUUGAACACGCUAGCCUACUACCACGCCGAUGGGAACAGGGAUGAUCCCCUUGUUCAGUACGAAUUCCAUGAGAUCAAGAACGCUAUUGACUUCGAUCGCACUGUCGCCGCUAAUGUAGGGUGGAAGGCUCUCAUAGCGACUCCAGGUAACAGGAGACGCAUGCGCAUUAUCGUCGCUCUGGCUUUCUUCUCUCAAUGGUCUGGGAAUGGCCUCGUAUCGUACUACCUCAACAUAGUACUCAACUCAAUAGGUGUCGCUGAUCCAACAACCCAGCUCCUCAUCAAUGGAGUUCUUCAAAUAUGGAACUUAGGAUGGGCACUCCUUGCAGUUGCUCUGUGCGACCGACUGGGCCGACGAUUUCUGUUCCUGACUUCAGGCGUGGGCAUGCUCAUCUUCUUUACCAUGCAAACCGUGUGCUCCGCCGAGUUCGCCAUCCACGGGUCACAUGCUGCCGCGCAUGCAGUUAUCGCGUUCAUAUUCCUGUUUUACGCCUCGUACGACAUCGCCCUUACGCCUCUCAUCGUCUCAUACACCGUGGAAAUUCUACCUCUCCCCCUGCGCGCCAAAGGAUUUACCGUUUUCGUUUGCGCCAAAUCCUUGUCGCUGAUCUUCAACCAAUACGUCAACCCAGUGGCGCUCCAUGCUAUCCAAUGGAAGUACUAUGUUGUGUACUGUUGCUGGCUCCUCUUUGAGGUCGUAUUCCUUUACUUCUUCAUUAUCGAGACGAAGAACCGCACCCUUGAAGAGACUGCGGCCCUUUUCGACAGCGAAGGAGCUGCCCAGCACCUACACGGAUCCGCUGUUGCCGACCUUAGCCUGAGUACCGAGAAAGACGAGAAAUUUUCCAGUUCGCUUCACGAACAUGCCGACAACCCUACUCCUCAUUACUGA